AUGGUUGCAUUUGGUUAUGAUUACAAAAAUAACGAUUGCAAGUUACUAGCUGGUUGUGAUGAUCCCAAGUUACGACUUCAUUAUGACGAUAGUGUGUUUGAAGUGUGUUCGCUGGAAUCAAAUUCAUGGAAUACCAUAGUGCUUGUUAGUGGAGAUCUUCACUGGUUAGCUGAAACGAAUCACUCUUACGAUAUUAAUCUAGUCUCUCAAGAUAUCUGUAAGGACAUAUUCAAACAAGUGGAACUGCCGAUUAAACGUUUGGAGAUUUUCCACCCUUAUUUUCAUAGGUUGGGGGUGUUGAAAGGGUGUCUUUGUUUGGUCGCUGCGAAUUCUGGCGUUCAUGAAGUAUGGGUGAUGGAAAAUUAUGGAGUUCGAGAGUCUUGGACUAAACGUUAUACCGUGAACAAUAAAACAAGUAUAAAUGUGUAUAUUAGGCUUUUGUGUUCUUUAAAGAGCGGCAAGAUUCUAUUUUGGGGUACUUCCGCUUAUCUAUACUUAUAUUCCCCUAACUUGUAUUCUCCUGAAGAUGAUAAGGUUAUAAAGCUCAAAAUUUCUAGUUUGACAAAGUUGUACGAACAAGAGUGCUACUUCGAAAGCUUGGUUUCACUCAAGUCUGGAACUUAUGUAGUGGGUGACGAACAAAUGGAAGAAUCAGAUACUCCGGGACAUAUACAAUUAGAAUAA